CAGCGCGGUUGCCCCGUUUCCCCCCGGAAGUCGCUGCCUGCCUGGCUCCGCCCCUACCCGGAAGCAGGUUCCACCCGGGCCCGGCCGGCCCCCGGAAGCAGCCCUGUGUGGCGGGUGCUGGUCUCAGCCCCUGCGCGGAGCCAGAGUCUCUCCGGAGCUGGGCGGACGCUCCCCCCGCCCCCCUCAGCCCAGCGCGUCUCGGAGCGCGGCGGCCGGAGGCGGCGGUGGGCGCGAGACCCCUCGGCAGAGCCGCCGCCCCCCCCAGCCGGGCAGUGCCCUGCAUAACAACUAUAGAAAGGAAUACUAAAUUCUGUUUACUUCUGUCAAAUAGCUGCAAUCCAAAGAUGGCUGCAAAUAAGCCCAAAGGUCAGAAUUCUUUGGCUUUACACAAAGUAAUCAUGGUGGGAAGUGGUGGCGUAGGAAAAUCUGCUUUAACACUGCAAUUCAUGUAUGAUGAGUUUGUGGAAGACUAUGAACCUACCAAAGCAGACAGCUACAGAAAAAAGGUAGUUCUGGAUGGGGAAGAGGUCCAAAUAGACAUAUUGGAUACAGCAGGCCAGGAGGACUAUGCUGCAAUUAGAGAUAACUAUUUCCGAAGUGGAGAGGGAUUUCUGUGUGUCUUCUCUAUCACAGAGCUGGAAUCUUUUGCAGCUACAGCAGACUUCAGGGAGCAGAUUUUAAGAGUAAAAGAAGAUGAAAACGUUCCCUUUCUGCUAGUUGGUAAUAAAUCAGAUUUAGAAGAUAAAAGGCAAGUUUCUGUAGAGGAAGCAAAGAACAGAGCUGAUCAGUGGAACGUUAACUAUGUGGAAACUUCUGCUAAAACACGAGCUAAUGUUGACAAGGUAUUUUUUGAUUUAAUGAGAGAAAUUAGAGCCAGAAAGAUGGAAGACAGCAAAGAGAAGAAUGGGAAGAAGAAAAGGAAAAGCCUAGCUAAGAGGAUCAGAGAAAGAUGUUGCAUUUUAUAAUCAAAGGCCCAAAUCCUUUCCUUCCUUGACCAUGCUAAUAACCAUAAUUUAUAAGCAUGCCAUCAGAGGCUUAAAUGACUGAAAUUUAACAUUUUGGAAAUUGUAAUGUAUCACUAAAAGCAUGAAUUGGAACUGCACAGUUAAAUUCACUGAAAAAAUUUAAUGUGGCUUCAAGAGAAGCAAAGUUCAACCCAUUUCAUAAUUGCCUACCAUCACUGUUCUUCUGAAUGUAGUAUUUCAUAGGCAGUCUUUCUUUAACAGUAAACAGAAGGAAGUAUUACUUUCUGUGGUUUCUUGUAAAGCAUAAAUUUUGUAUCACUAAAUCUUCAACUUUGUCUUGUCUUCUACUGCCUUGCAAAUUACAAUUGUGAACAUGAUACCAAACAAACUGGUAUACAGCUGUUUUGCCAUUGAGUUAUGCAAAUUAUAGAAGAGAAAAUGAUUCAGGCAGUGUAUCUGCAUACAGUUAUAUUGAGUCAUUCCUAUGUGGGUCUGCAUUAUCUGAUUAAUUUAAAGUGGUGUAAAUUUUUAAAUGGAAACAUUUGAAUAUGCCUUAAUUUAAAAACCUAGAAAUAGCAGAUUACAUAGUUAAGGCUGUAUUUUCAUCUUGAUGCAUCGAGACUGAUGCAUCCCUAUGCAUCAAUGUGGGAGAAUAUCCUUUAGUGUGGAGUGAAGUUAUGUGAAUGGUCUUGCUAACUAGCUGUCUGCUAGCAGUGUCUGAUCUUAAUGUGUGCCAUACUCUGGAUAUUUUGAAUAGCCCAGAGCAUACUGUCACCUGUGAUUUAGUAAACAAUAUGGUAGUUUAAAGGGGUUGGAAUUUACAUGUACGGUUGAGGUUACAAGGCUGUAUGGCAGUUAAGCCUGAAAUGGGCACUUAUCACUUAACAUGCUGGCACUUUGGAACUACCGUUUUGCAAGUAGUUUAAUGUCUGUAGGUGUUUGGAUUUUUAACUCCCUGAGUUGGGCAGAGUGGAGCUCAUUCAGUAGAGCUAAUGUGUUUUGCAUUAGGGUGUUUGGGAAAUUCUGGUGUGUCAUCAGUAACUUCUUCCUUUGUCCUCGUGAUACUAAGUUAUGGGACCAUGAUGUUGUUUGGAAGCUACUUGCAGGUUUUGUACUGUUUAGUCUAGUUUGUGUUCAUAAUGGGGAGCAUUGUAGCAACUUUUUCUAGUUAAUGUUAUCAAAUAUGCUUUGCAGUACAGAAACACUUACUAUCUGCAUCCAAAUUCUCCAAAUAAAAUGUAUUGCCUCAGCUGCUUCAGAAAACAAAUACUAGCACACUAGUACAGUGUUCAGUAUCUUAUUGCUAAAAAUAAGCCAGGAUUUGAGGCUUUUGGACUCUCGAGUAAGAAGGGGAAGAUUGAUUCCACAAACUAUUACUCUUUUUUAUACAUGUGUAAACCUAUAACUGACAGUCCAAAAUGCAUUCAAGCAAACUAAGUAACGUGUACUUUACACACUAACAAAUAGAUACUGUAGAGACAACUCUUGUCAUGUUAAAUAUUUAUACAUAAGGAAUUUUGUACAUACACUUAGUAGACUACCAUGUGCAAAAUUAAAGUUACUCAUGUAACUAUAGCCAAGUAGGCCAGUCUUCAUCUUUACUGUGUACUCAUUUUUCAGUCUAUUUAACCAGGGAGUCUAACCACUAACGUUGACUUUGCUUUGAACUGUGUACUGGGAACUGAGGUGUAAUGAAGCUAAUGGACAGAAGAAAUGUCACUGGUCUUAGGCUGAUGCCUUACCCAAUUCUUUUUAUUUGCUAUUUGAGCCAUUGAAAGACAAAUAAACUUCCAUUUUUUAAGUA